AUGCGAACAGAAGCUCGUCGAAAAAAUCUCCUCAUUCUAAUUUUGCAUUAUUUAAUGGAGGAAGGUUAUGUCGAUGCUGCUAAUGCUUUGGAACAAGAGACGAAAUUAAGUUUGCGUGGCUUUGAAGUUUGUGACAACAUCGAUCUUGAGACAAUUUUGAUGGAAUAUGAAAGCUAUUACUUUGUAAAAUUUCAAAAGUAUCCCAAAAUUACCAAGAAGGUCCUGGACACUGCAGAAAACAAACAGCAGCUGAGAACUGGGGGAAGACCAAGAAGGGCAGCAAGCUCUUCUCAGAAUCUCCCCAGGCUCAAACAGCAGACAGGGCAACAACCGUUGUCAAAAACUUCACCUGGGAGUGCUACAGAACUUAAAUCACCCACGAAGGAAAGCCCCAAACAGAAUAAUGACAGUGCGGUUACUCUGGAACAAUCUGACUUUGGCUUAAGCAUCUCAGCAAUCAACAGAAGUGGAGGAGACAGCACUCACACAAGAAGGGGCCAAGUAACUGACUUCCAUGGGAUGAUUCGGGAUGCUGUCAAAGUAUCGUCAAAUGGAACAGCCCUGAACAGCCUUAAUUGUGAUCCAGAUCCAUCCGAAAGAUUAUUGAAACCCCUUAGUGCUUUUAUUGGCAUGACUGGUGAGAUGAAAGAACUUGCAACAGUUGUAAGCAAAGACAUUUAUCUCCAUAAUCCAAACGUGAAGUGGGAUGAUAUUAUUGGGCUGGAUGCGGCUAAAAGGCUCGUCAAGGAAGCAGUUGUUUAUCCCAUACGGUACCCUCAGCUGUUCACUGGCAUUCUGUCUCCUUGGAAAGGAUUAUUGUUGUAUGGACCUCCAGGUACUGGAAAAACUUUGCUUGCUAAGGCUGUUGCCACAGAAUGCAAUACAACCUUUUUCAACAUAUCAGCAUCCACCAUUGUCAGCAAAUGGAGGGGUGAUUCAGAAAAACUUGUUCGGGUGUUAUUUGAGCUUGCCCGGUACCAUGCUCCUUCCACAAUUUUCUUGGAUGAGCUGGAGUCAGUUAUGAGUCAAAGAGGCACUGCUGCAGGAGGUGAACAUGAAGGAAGUCGGCGGAUGAAAACAGAAUUACUGGUGCAGAUGGAUGGCUUGGCCCGAUCUGAUGAUCUUGUAUUUGUUUUAGCAGCUUCCAAUCUGCCAUGGUAA